CUGAGACUGUCAUACUUCGGCCACCUGAAGUCACCAUCUCUCAGCCACCUCAGCUACAUCAACCUCUAGCACAAGUGCUAAAAAACGAUGCAGCUCCAGUUCAUCAUCUCAGUCAUGGUCCUCAAACCACUGGAAACACAGACUUCGAUGACGCCACCCCUUUCCAGAGACAUAAAUCUUUAUUUAAAAGUUCCCUCCAAAAAGUUGAGCAACUGAGAAACCCUCCACCAAGAGGAGCGCAACAAGCUGCAGACCCACCUUCCCCAGAACAUGCCAGGGUCAAGUCUAAAGUGGCAGCCCUUCAAGGUCUACUUGAACAAACGGCUCUGAACAUUAUUGAACGUCAGAGAUACAAUCAGUGUCCAGUGGAUCAGAUAAGCCCUGCACAAGAACCUACGAGGCCAUCAGUCCACUCCAUCAGAAGGUCUCCUCCAGCAAGUCAUUCAAGAACUGUGACCAAUGUUGAGGGCAUCCAAGUUAAACUUCUUAAUUCUACAGCCAUUGCCAGAUUGGACGGGGCUGAACCUUCACCAGGUCCCAGCCACAGCCAGCUGGCCAGGGAGAAGUCUAUUGAAGAGACUCCUACUUAUCAGGCCGCAAGGCUUAUCUUACAAGCACAUCUGAAGCAAAGGAACAAUGAGACUGGUCCCAGACAGCCACUGAAAGAUCAAUCUAAGUUCCAGUCUGAGAUAACAGAGAUGAUGAAGCAAGAGCUGAGGCAAGAGAUGAGGCAGCUUGUCCAGAAAUCUGAGACACCCUGCAUGCAGGAGGGGCUAUGUCAUCACCCCCACAGCCAUCAAGGUGGUGCAGUGAAUUAUAUGCCAUGUCACAGUAGUAAUUUACAAUCUCAAUCUCAUACACAGUGUCAGAAAUCAAAAUCAAAGCAAGUGAAUGUUGCACAUAGUACACAUGAAAAUCCCAUGCCUUUGAAGUUUGCUAAUGCUGUGUCUAACUCAGACUUGAUAAAAAAGACACCUAGAGCAGACAAACUGGCCCCACUGAAUUCAAAUAUACUACAAGCCCAAACGUCUCAUCCAGGUGAUAGAGAUGAAAUCAAACCCGGUGCACCUGCAUCAAACCCAAGGAAGCAAGGAGCAGAGACGUCUUGGUUUUCUUUCUUGGAAACUUUUCUUCCUUACUUUGAAACAAUUGAGGAAUGCCUCGAUCAUGUUGCGGGGGAAAUCGGUAAAAUUUUAGUUGCAGAGAUAGUGGAGCUAACACAUGAGGAAAAAAGACAUGGCAAUGGUGCAUCAUCUGUUGAGGAGCUGUCACCAGCCAUAUCAAACAGGGAGCUAAAACUUUCACCAGCAAGAUCUCACAGGGAGCUAAAACUUUCACCAGCAAGAUCUCACAGGGAGCUAAAACCUUCACCAGCAAGAUCUCACAGGGAGCUAAAACUUUCACCAGCAAGAUCUCACAAGGAGCUAAGGACAGAAAAUCCUGGAGGAGGAAAUGGAUCAGUGGAGCAAACAAAGAAUCCCUUACAAUCACUGACAAUGGGACAAGCGCAAUCAGAAAGCCCACAGAGUUAUUCAAGAAGAGAUUUGGUGAUGAUGGACAGAGAUUCUGCAGCAAACCCUACUGUCUUUUACAGCUGUCAUUUGCCUUCCCACCAUCAGAACCACUUGCAGUGCCACAACGACGAGGACACAAGCAGAGAGGCAUCAGAGCUUGCCUUUGAGAAUGGUUUAGUCCAUAACUUGGACAGCAGCAAUGCCAGGAGCAGCGUAUCAACCACUCUGGGUAGACAUAUUUCUCACAGGCCUAGAAGCUUACUUUUGAAGAACCCAUCCAGACACAGCAACCACAGUGAACACGAUUCUUUGGCACACAACUCUCACAGGAAAGCAAGCCUGACUGUGCACUCGGGCUCCAACCAGAGCAAGAGCUGCAGGAAGUGUCGAGCUGAAGCCAGACUGAAAGCUCUAGGUUCUCACAGCCAGGAUCAUGUCGCCCGCCCGCUUUACCCCAAAUUGAAGACCAACUCGUUCCACUUCCUGCAAGCCCCGGGAGAAAGUAAUGUACAGCAGCAGGGAAGUGGCCAAAGUAUAUCUGAAAAUACUUUGUCAGGGAAGCUGUCAUCUUGUUAUGAGAUGGAGGAUGAGAGUGUCUCCACAGAGGACUGCUUUAGUGAGCCAGCUUGUGCCAGUGAGGCACCGCAUGCUGGAACCUGUAGCAAGCCAUCCAAGAAAACAAAACUAAAAAAAGCUCUGAAGACCAUGCACAGGAGCCUAUCUGACAUGAAAGAAAAGAAAAGAUUGCAGCCUCCUCUUGUCACGGCUGCUAUGGCAUCAAGCCAAAAGGAAGACACAGAUUUCCUUGUGGAGAAAAGUCUCAGAGACCACUCUAUAUCUCAGUACCAAAGCAUAAGGCAGCCUUCCGCUAAGGAUGAUCAGCCAAGCAUCAGUUGCUCCGAGUUCAAAACUGUCAACUCUUACACUAGUGACCAGCCAACCAUCUUCCUUGAUACAGUACCUUCAAGACAAUCAUCUGAUGUUCAGAAAAUCCCAACAAAUCUAUUAACUGAUGUUCAGAAAAUCCCAACAAAUCUAUUAACUGAUGUUCAGAAAAUCCCAACAAAUCUAUCAACUGAUGUUAAAAAAAUCCCAACAAAUCUAUCAACUGAUGUUCAGAAAAGUCCAACUUUGCCUGAGGCAAAAGAUGUCGAAUCUGGUUUAUCAGGACAGCUGAGAACAAUCAAUAGCCUGACCCAUUCGCCUCGAAGACCUGCACCAACAUUGUCAGAGUCAAUACGCAAGAGACAAAUCACAAUUCUCAACCUUGUGGAAUCGAUGUCUGGAGUAAAUCAGUCAAACAGGGAAAUGUCAAAGCAACAGGAAAUGUCACAGCCUUGCACUUCUCCAAUACCACCCAGCACUUCUCCAUUACACCCCGGCACUUCUCCAUCACAGCCUGGCACUUCUCCAUCACAGCCCGGCACUUCUCCAUCACAGCCCAGCACAUCUCCAUCACAGCCCAGCACUUUGAGAAAAGCAAAACUUAUUCCACUGAGACCUGCACCAAAGCCACCUGUGUCUAAUACAGAUCAAGCGUCAUCAAAGAGAGCAGCAUAGAGUUGUACUUUCGCAUUUACUGACUCCAUCAAAGUAGAUCUCCAUCGAAGCCUGUCAAAUAAAUGUUAGACAAAAAUAGGUGGACUUCAAAGCCUUUAACAUAGAUUUUCCUUACAAAACCCCAGAAAAUAAAUUUUAUUGACAAAGUGUCUCCGUCAAAGCCUGUUUCUUAAAUUGAGUAAGUUCCUGGUAUUUUUCUUUGAAUGUCUUCACGUUUGCAGAGUUUUAAAUAGCUAACUGUUUUGUUAUAGAGCUGAUGAUUAAUGUACCUGUCUAUUUACUGUUAUCCUGACAAAAAUAAGUCUCCAUUAAAGCCUGUAAAGAACAAGCUACUGACCAAAUUAGAUUUCCACCACAGCCUAAAAAAUAAAUGUUACUGAGAAAAUGUCUCCAUCAAAGCCUGUUUCUUAAGUUGAGUAAGUUCCUGGGGCAGACCAAUGAUAUUUAUCCAAACCUGUUUACCCUCAAACUCUUAAAAUCGUACAAAAUCAUCACAAAAUCUUUUAAUACAUUAUCUUAGUAGUAAAAAAAAAACAUGAAGUAUAUAUAAUGUAUACGCCUGAAAAUCGUACAUAGCGCCAAAAUCGUAAGAGUAAACAGGUCUGUUUAUCUUUCAUGACGUCUUCAUGGCUGCAUAGCUUUAAAUAGCUGUUUUGUUAUGGAGCCAAUGUAGAUUAAUAUACUUGUCCAUUGACUUUUAUCCUGAUUGACUGAAUGCAUAUUUUUAAUUUUAUUUACCGGUUGGUCAAAAUCAAUGAUAAGCCAAAGUUUUCUGCAAGUUUAAAUUCACAGCAGCUGUGACAACCAUUGCAUACCGUUAAAUUACCGUCCUGUGACUGAAAAUAUCAUGUAGAUGAGUUAGGAUUUGGUGGGGUUUGUAAAGUUGGAUUGAUGUAUCAAUUCAAUGCUCCAGUCAUAGCUCUAAUAAAGCUAUGAAUUAAUGUUAAGUCAUGUCCAUCCAUUUAGUUUCACAGAAACUCAAGUCUACUUAUAAAUUCUUCAGUAAUGCUUAACAGAGGCGUAGCUAGAGUGUUUAGUGCCCGGGGAAAAGAUUCAUUUUAAAGCAACUCCCUUCCUUUUUUCAAAUCUCAAAUCCAUUAUUUUCAAAAUAAAAUAAUAUCAAAGCACAUUUUGGCACCUCUAACUAGUCUCACGCCCAGGGACAUCUGU